UCCUCCCCGCAGCAGCAGCAGCAGCGGGGCGCGUUGACGGAUCCUCCCACCAGCUGAGUCCAGAGCUGUUCAGGAAUUCGGCCAAAUAUCUGCCAUCAACUGCACGAAGUGCUGUUGCUUUACGUUGACAGAAGAUGUUUCUUGCCAAAAAAUUGAUUGGUGGCCUCAUUGAUGUUGUCAGCAACAUCGACCCAGCCCAGUUUGUGCCCUCUGACCCUCUUCCACCACCCAGGCCAGCUGUAUAUGCAGAGCAGACUGAAAGUGAUGAGGAGAGACAGUUCCGCCGAGUCUUCCAGCAACUCGCUGGAGAUGACAUGGAAGUGAGCCCAUCUGAGCUGAUGAACAUCCUAAACAGAAUCAUUACGAAGCAUGGAGACCUGAAGACAGAUGGUUUCAGCAUUGAGUCUUGUAGGAGCAUGGUGGCAGUCAUGGAUGGUGACAGCACUGGGAAACUUGGCUUCCAUGAAUUCAAACACCUCUGGAAUAAUAUAAAGAAAUGGCAGGGAGUGUACAAAACAUACGACACAGAUGGCUCCGGUGUCAUUGGUGCAGAUGAGCUGCCCAACGCUUUCAGAGCUGCUGGCUUCUCCCUCAAUGACCAGCUGUUCGAAAUGAUAAUUCGCAGAUACAGCGAUGAAAAUGGGAACAUGGAUUUUGACAACUACAUUGGCUGCCUCGUGAGGCUGGAUGCCAUGUGCCGUGCCUUCAAAACCCUGGAUAAGGACAACAAUGGGACUGUCAAAGUCAACAUUCAGGAGUGGCUCCAGUUGACCAUGUACUCUUGAGUCCAGGCGAUGUUUCCUCUGCUUCUUAUACAGAACCACUUUGUUUGUCUACACAGUGCAAAAAUAUUUCUUCUAGCAUCCCUACAAAUAUAAGCAAAUCCCCUGUUUGUGCAGGUUUAUUUUGGAUGUUAAUGCAAUGCAAGUGUUGUGGGAUUGUUCACUGUUCCAUUAUACUUGGAGGACAAAAUAUAUACAGUAUAUUGUAUUAGCAACCCCGAGAAGCACCAGCCUGCACUCACAAUGAUAACCAUAUCUAAGUAUCUAAACAGAAUUCAGAUGCUUAAAGAUGACAGUAUGUUUGUGUCAUUUGGUCUGCUUGUUUGGCAUUUCCUUUUGAUCUUCCUCAGAAGAGGCAGGCCAGCAUCAAGAUGUUUUAGUGAAUUUCGUGAAAAGCCUAAUGUGAAAGCAGGAAGGUCGUGUUCAUAUGUGACUGGUUUCACAAAGACUGUAUGUAAAAAGUCUCUGUGGAGAGGCUGAUUUCAGUCUUGCUCUGAGACUGUUUUAAUUCUAAAAUGCUGACAUUAGACAAAACUGAAGACUUAACACAUUCUGACAGCUCUGUGACACCUGCUGGCAAAAAUGGGAAAGCUUACCUCACUCAAAACUUCACACAGCACUCAUUUUGUUUUUGAGUGAUAAGAGGUAAUUAACAUAAUGAAGCUGUAGCUUUGUUGACCAUAUUUUCAGGUUUGAAUAGCCACACAAGCAGUUGUUUUCGCCUAUUUUGUCUACUUAUAUCAGGACUGCGAGGGUGUGUACAGACUGCUGGAUUGACAUCUCUAUCUCUGCAGUUAUUUUUGUUAAACUUUAAGCAUUUAUAUUAGUACAUGGAGUUUAAUGACCUUGCAGAUUCUCAGAAUAGCUCCUCCCAACUGUGACCUGAGCAGAGGACUUAGCACUUAACUUGCCUUUUUUGAGUCUGUGCAGGUGCUUUAAGAGAGUGUUAGUGUACCCACAUGGCAAAUGGCAAGUAUCAGUGCUUCAAGUUGCAAGGCUUGGCACACAGAUUUUUUUGAGGCAUAUGGGUGAGUAGAUCUGUGACCAGGUUGAAGAUUUAUAGGGAUAUUCUGAGAAUUACUUGAGGUUACUAAAUCCCAUAUACUUAUGAGAAUUAUAAGGGUGUAGAACUUCCACCCCAACAAGUGCAACCAACAAGUAUGUCAUUUCACUCUGCACACACUUCUGCAGCCCUGAGAGGAGGUCUAAUUUAUGUAACAUUGGUAAACCAAAUGGAUGGACCACUUCAGAGUCUUUUAGAUAAAACUAGACUAGAGAGUUUUGUAAAGUAUGUGCAUAUUAGACUAUUCGUCAGACCACAGUCAUAUUCAGGAUCUUUGUCAAACCAGCCUCAAGCCCACUGACCGGAGAUUCUUGUUCACUAAAACAGACAAUGUGAGACAGCUCAUCGUUUUGUUUUGAGUUUAAGGAACAGUGAGGCAGAUGUUUGAAUUCUGGUCCACUUGCACCUCAGCUGACCAUGCAGAUCAUGGUUUCAUUAUUUGUACCCUGCCUUAUUUUGCAUCAUGGUUGCACUGUUACUGUUUAUGCAGUUAGGAUACCCGGCGCUUUCUCCUCUGUAACAGUAAUAUACAUUAAUACCCCAAAAGACAGUGUUUUAUUUGGGCAGGCUGAUAUUUUUCCAUUAAUAUUCAGUGCUGGUAAUGCAACUUGUCCAUAGCAUUCUGUCUCAGCUGUAACAAUCACUUUUCUUAUCACUGUGUACUUCUUCAAAAUGCCUGCACCAGGUAAUGCCAGCACAAUGUGUGAAUUGAUAAAGGAAAUAUGUGUGUAACACUUAUGCAUGCAGCCAAUAUUAAAGAUGCCAUUAAGUGUUUUUGAACCAUGUAGUUAUGGCCACAGUUAUUAAACUGUUACUGAAAAUACAUUAAAAAA